AUGCCUAUCCUCACCUCGAAAAUAGUCAACCUCGUCGACUUUACUCACCUCAUCAACAGUCCCAUCUGCCUUGUUGCCAACUGGCACCCGCGUCUGAAAGCAGAUUGGUUUCGAAACCAAAUGGCUAGACCGACAUCGGAGUCGUUGCUUUGCCUAGAUUGCAGAUCCUCUGAAGACUCGAUCGCCAUUUUGAUGAAGCACAAUGAUGCUGAGAAGAUCACAGGUCAUGCGAUAAGUCGACAAACUUUGCAUAUCUCCAUCAUGUCAGUCGGGCUGUUUAUGGUGUGA